UUGAGGCGGAGGCUGGCCCUCUUGAUGGAGACUUUUUAGGAGCGAGAAGAUGGAAGGAGGAGGCGUGAUGAACACCACGGUGAUCCCGGGCUACAACAACCGCACUCAACCGUCGGGGACCCUGCUCUCCAAGGAGGACCCGGCGGGCAGGCGGGGCUCCUCGGCGGGAUGCUACGAGCAGCUGCUCAUCUCCACCGAGGUCUUCCUGAUGCUGGGCGUCAUCAGCCUGCUGGAGAACAUCCUGGUGGUGGUGGCCAUCGUGAAGAACAAGAACCUGCACUCGCCCAUGUACUUCUUCAUCUGCAGCCUGGCGGUGGCCGACAUGCUGGUGAGCGCCUCCAACGCCUCGGAGACCGUCGUCAUCGCGCUCAUCAACGACGGCAGCCUGAGCAUCCCCGUCACGCUCAUCAAGAGCCUGGACAACGUCUUCGACUCCAUGAUCUGCAGCUCGCUGCUGGCGUCCAUCUGCAGCCUGCUGGCCAUCGCCAUCGACCGCUACAUCACCAUCUUCUACGCGCUGCGCUACCACAACAUCGUCACCUUCAGGCGGGCCACGCUGGUCAUCAGCAGCAUCUGGGUGUGCUGCAUCAUAUCGGGCGUGCUCUUCAUCGUCUACUCGGAGAGCACCACCGUGCUCAUCUGCCUCAUCAGCAUGUUCUUCACCAUGCUGGUGCUCAUGGCCUCGCUCUACGUGCACAUGUUCCUGCUGGCGCGCCUGCACAUGAAGCGCAUCGCCGCGCUGCCGGGCAACGGGCCCGUGCAGCAGCGGGCCAACAUGAAGGGCGCCAUCACGCUCACCAUCCUGCUGGGCGUCUUCGUGGUGUGCUGGGCGCCCUUCUUCCUGCACCUCAUCCUCAUGAUCAGCUGCCCCCGCAACCCCUACUGCACCUGCUUCAUGUCGCACUUCAACAUGUACCUCAUCCUCAUCAUGUGCAACUCCGUCAUCGACCCCAUCAUCUACGCCUUCCGCAGCCAGGAGAUGAGGAUGACCUUCAAGGAGAUCUUCUGCUGCUCGUACGCCCUCCUGUGCGUGUGAACUUUGACCUCCCGGGGCCCUGCUUAAUCUGAAACGCGACGUCGCGGUCAUGCAACGCCUUUAAAAAAAAAAAAAUGCAACCCAAAGUACUGGGACACCUGCAGGAAGUGGAAUUCUAAGCCCGCCUUCGUGGACACGGCGACAAGAAGAAGCCUCAUUCUCGCACACCAGCGACCCAUUACUUAUGCCCACAUGGGACGGACUGACCGGGGCGUUCAAAGUGCGGCUCCGUACUAUCGCCACAAAAGGACAAUUGGAUACAAGAAGCUAGGAAAUAAAGUGAAAAAGGAGCAAAAACGGAAAGUCGCAUAUAACGCUAAUUAUCAUGAAAUUAAUAAUAAUAAAACGCUUUGUUGCGCUUGAAUGUAUAACUUCUUAGCACGUCCUCUGCAGAGGACGUUUUUGUUUCGCACAACAGAGAUAAGUCCCUUAAAAAAAAAAAAAAAAAUGUAUAGGGGUGCACAAAAAAUGGAUUCACAUCCAAAUCGCGAUUGUCAUUCAUCCCGAUUAUAUAUCAUACAUACAUACAGAUUUAUAUACAUAUACACUACCGUUCAAAAGUUUGGGGUCACAUUAAAAUGUCCUUAUUUUUCAAUGAAGAUAACUUUAAACUAGUCUUAACUUUAAAGAAGUACACUCUAUACAUCGCUAAUGUGGUAAAUGACUAUUCUAGCUGCAAAUGUCUGGUUUUUGGUGCAAUAUCUACAUAGGUGUAUAGAGGCCCAUUUCCAGCAACUAUCACUCCAGUGUUCUAAUGGUACAAUGUGUUUGCUCAUUGGCGCAGAAGGCUAAUUGAUGAUUAGAAAACCCUUGUGCAAUCAUGUUCACACAUCUGAAAACAGUUUAGCUCGUUACAGAAGCUAAAAAACUGACCUUCCUUUGAGUAGAUUGAGUUUCUGGAGCAUCACAUUUGUGGGGUCAAUUAAACGCUCAAAAUGGCCAGAAAAAGAGAACUUUCAUCUGAAACGCGACAGUCUAUUCUUGUUCUUAGAAAUGAAGGCUGUUCCACAAAAUUGUCUGGGUGACCCCAAACUUUUGAACGGUAGUGUAUAUAGAUAGAUAAAUAGAUAGAUAGUACUUUA